CAUAAAUUAAUAUUCACAACCCCGUCGAGCAUAUUUAACUGUGACUCACGGAAGAACCUCCAUUCCGGCUGUGUUGUUGUUAUUAUUGUGAGCUGUCAACCAGAAAUUGAACUAUUGCAAACUUCAUCAUGUCUUCAGACUUUGAAACCUACGAACAGGACUUUGGAACAAUUACGGCAGAAUUAACAAAUAAGAUCGGCCGAAUUCCUAAACUCAGUGGAGAGGAGAAGACGCAGCUGGUUCUAAAUGUCGACAAACAGCUUGAAGAAGUCAGAGAGUUGCUGGAGCAGAUGGAUCUGGAGGUGCGGGAGAUCCCUGUCCAGAGUCGAGCCAUGUACAACAGCAGGCUGAAGAGCUACAAGCAAGAAAUGGAGAAGCUUGAGAAAGAUUUUAAAAGGUCACGCAUUGCCUACAGUGACGAGGUGCGCAACGAACUCCUGGGGGAUGACGCCGGCUCCUCCGAGAACCAGUUGAUAAAGUUACGUGAAGAGAGAGCACAUCUGUUGGACAACACAGAGAAGCUGGAAAGGUCAUCACGGAGACUGGAGGCCGGCUACCAGAUAGCAGUGGAGACUGAGCAAGUGGGUCAGGAGAUUUUGUCCAACCUGCACACUGACCGUGAGAAGAUCCAGAGAGCCAGAGAAAGACUGAGAGAAACGGACGCCAACCUGGGCAAGAGUUCUCGCAUCCUUACCGGCAUGCUGAGAAGGGUCAUUCAGAAUCGGGUCCUGAUCUUCAUCCUCGGAGCCAUCAUUCUUCUCACCAUCUUACUGGCCAUCUAUUUCAAUAUGCGCAGCCACUGAUCUCCCCUUUACACACACACACACACACACACACACAAAGCCCCAGCCCCCCCUCGUCCCUCCACGUCUACUUCCCGACAAAUACAAAUACACACACAUGCGUGAUUAAUAGCGACAAAAGCGUUGUUCUGCUGUAAUUAGGACAAAUUGUCCCCAUGAAUCACUGUUUCCAAAGGCUGACAGCGAGCUUUUUUUUUCCAUCUCUCUCUCUUUCUCUCUUCCUGUUUGCUUUCUCCUCCUCUGUUAUUCUAUCACUCCCUCUCACCCCAGCUCUACCUUUUCUCCUCCUCCUUACACUUCCCUUUUCUCCUAUUUUUUCCCCUUUCUUUUUAAAGUCAGACGGACUCUUUCUUUAACACCCAGAGAGAGAGAGAGAGAGAGAUUUUUUUUUACUAAUAUUAUUCAUUGCGUCACCCUCAGCGUGGUUGUGCUGCUCAUCCUGUCCUGACGUGAAGGAGGAGAGGAGUUGAAACUCAAAACAAAUUCAUAGACCGGAACAGAUUGUUGUUUAUUGUGAUUAAGGUUUGAGUUCUUAUGUACAGUAUAGAACUGUUGUGACACAUACAUGUUGAAUGUAUCAGCCUGUG